AAGUCAGCGACCACCACAUCCACACCCCCCAUCAUAUAUCUCUCUCGCCAUGAUACAUCCUCUCAUCUCUUCUCUCCCUCCUCUCCAUCUUUCUUUUCUCCUUUUCUUUCUUUCUUUUCGCACUUACAAAACAGCACUGUCACUUCUCUCUCUCUCUCUCUCUCGUCUCGCAACAAUUUUGUCCGCUUCCAUUGGGAGCGCGGCUACUGGCUGGGUUUACCCAACACUAUACCACCACCAGUAUCAUUGUACUACUACCCUCGCGAGCGUCAGAGAGAGAGAGAGAGAGAGGAGGUGGUGGUGGUGGUCAGAUCAUCAUGUGUGAUUACUUCUUGCAACGGAUGGAGGGGGAGCAGGCCGCCGGAGACCUCGCCGACAUCGUCCUCCGCGCCGGCGGGGCUGCUGCUGCUGCUGUUGCGGGCGGCGGCAUCCCGUCGACGGAGUGGCAGCUACCACCGGCGGAGGAGGAGGAGGAAGAGCCGGGUCUCUUCCCGCUGCCGCCGUCGUCGUCGGAUGGCUCCGGCAUGAGCGGCGCGGAUGCGUUCGGCGACCCGUUCGCUGGCCUCCCCGACCCCUUCGGUGGCGACUACCCCUCCUCUGGCGGAGCGGCGGCGGCCGCCGACUUCUUUGACGCCGUCGUGGCCAAGGCCGGGUUCGUCGACGUCGGUGUCCUCGGUGGCGGCGGCGGCGGUGGCUGCGAUGGAGGUGGCGUUGAUGGUGGUGGAGGAGGGUCGUCGCUGCUGGGCAUGAGCAAGCCUAUCUUGCCUAGGGCCGCCAUGCAGUUGCCGUCGGUGUCGCCGAGGGCGAUACGGCCGUACCCCGUGAUGGCCGGUGACACGGUGAAGCUCGGCGCGCCGAUGGCCGGCGGGCCGUGCGCGUUCGACGGCGCCGCCGCGGCAGGGCUGCACAUGUCGUCGUCGCCGCGUGGCGCCGUCGGCGGGAUCAAGCGCAGGAAGAACCAGGCUAGGAAGGUGGUGUGCAUCCCAGCGCCUGCAGCAGCAGGAGGGAGGACCAGUGGGGAGGUUGUUCCUUCCGAUCUCUGGGCUUGGAGGAAGUAUGGCCAGAAGCCUAUCAAAGGCUCUCCUUACCCAAGAGGGUACUACAGAUGCAGCAGCUCGAAAGGAUGCUCGGCGCGCAAGCAGGUGGAGCGCAGCCGGACCGACCCCAACAUGCUCGUCAUCACCUACACGUCGGAGCACAACCACCCGUGGCCGACGCAGCGCAACGCGCUCGCCGGCUCCACGCGGUCUCAUCACGCCAAGAACAGCAGCAGCAACAGCAGCAGCAGCGGCGCCUCCUCAGCCUCCAAGAACAACUCCUCCCACAGCGGUUACCACCACCACCACCACCAGAAGCCACUCGUCAAGGCGGAACCCAACGAUCAAUCCGCCGCCGCCACGACCGCCGCCACGGUGCCGGUGAAAGAGGAGGCCGCCAUGGUAGGGACGUCGUCGGAAGCAUUGGCGAAGACGACGCAGAAAUCCAUGGAGGAUGCUGCUGCUGCUGCUUCAGCCACGGCGGCGGCGGUGGAGCACAGUGAUCUCAUGCAGCAGAUGUUCAGCCAGAGCUACCGGCCGAUGAUACCGGAGGCAGCGGCCGGCGGCCACCACGACGACUUCUUCGCCGACCUCGCCGAGUUGGAGUCAGAUCCCAUGAGCCUGAUCUUCUCCAAGGAGUACAUGGCGACCAAUUACAAGCCAGCAGGUGACCCAGCAGGCAAGGAGAUGAAUGCAGUAGACAAGGGCUUGGAUCCAGCGUACAUGCUGGAUUGGUCUUCUACCACUGUUGUUACUAGAGCUGGUGGGAGCUCAUUUAUGCAAGGGGAGGGAGGUUUAUGACAUUUUAAUCACUUUGAAACAAAAGGCAAAAGCUAGUAUAUGCGAAUGCAAACAUCAUGAUAUGUGUCUUAAUUAGAGUCUAGAUAGUAACCAACUUAAAGAUGACAAGAGCUAGCAACAAAAUUAAGCAAAAAUGUGAGAGAGGGCCUUUUCUCCUCUUAUACCCUGGUAUGUGUUGAGUUUGCUCUCCCUUUUCCAUUUCUUCUUUCUACAUGUGUUAGAGGUUUCCAUUUUGUUCCACACAAUUUAUGCAUGCCUCCUUUGGAAGUAGGAAUUUUAUAGGUUUUUUUGUAAAAAAAAUAAACUAGAUCAUGUAAAAAUACUGUAAAAUUUCUACAUUCCAAAAGGAUGCCACUAGAUGUAAGUGUCACUUGCUUUUCUUUGCCAACAAUGUCUUAGGUAGGAAGGUUGGUGAUGAGUCCA